AUGCCUCACGCGACGACGACGGAUACGGAAUACAAGCAUAUUCAAGUGAAGCAGCUUGGUGCUACAUUCGUGGCCGAGGUCACAGGCGUAGACUUCUCGCGGCCUGUGGAAAAGGAGGUCUUCGAUGAGAUUUAUCGAGCUAUUGUUGCCUAUGGCGUGUUGAUUUUCCGGCACGCGUCGCUCGACGAUGCCCGCCAUGUGGCUUUCUCGGCCUUGUUCGGCGACUUGGACGACAUCAAGCCGUAUAUAGCGCUGGGCAGGAAGAAUCGGUUUGCUUUCGACGAGCUGUUCGAUGUCAGCAACCUCGAGGAUGAUGGGAGUUUGGUGAAAAUCGGCAGCAAGAGGCAUCACAUGGGACUCGGCAACGGGAUCUUCCACGUCGACUCCAGCUUUAACCCGCGGCGAGCCGGCUUUAGUCUGCUUCGUGCCCAUUCGCUCCCUCCCAAAGGGCAUGGGGGAAACACCGACUUUGCAGAUACAAGGACAGCAUUCGAAGAGCUCCCCGAAGAUCUGAAGAACGACCUCGUCCAGAACGAGUACAUAGGCGCACACAGUAUAAUGCACUCGCGCAGAAAAGCCGCCCCCGUGGACAGUACAUGGUUGAAAGAUAUUAACCCAGAGGAUUAUCCGUUUGGGCGACACAGCGUCGUGCAAACACAUGCCCCCAGUGGUAGACAGAACAUGUACAUUGCAAACCACAUACACCACCUUGAAUACCGGACACCGCGGUCCAAGGAUUUUCUGAUUGAGAAGCUACUCGCGCACGCAACUCAGCAGAAGUACGUGUACAGCGUGGAAUGGGAAAACGAGGGCGACCUUGUUCUCUGGGAUAACACCGGCGUGAUGCAUAAGGCCGGGCAGGGGACAUUUAUGGAGAAGUUUGCCCGUGAUAUGAGAAGGUGUACCGUCCAUGAUGGUGGUAAGGAUGCCUGGGGCUUCAAUGAGAAGUCCAGUGUGAGGAUGGGCUUGCCCUGA